GGAGAGAGGGAGCAGAAGGAGGAGCCAGCAGUGGGCAGGGCUGGGGGUAGAGAGACAAAGUGAAACUCCUGAAAGUCGCUCAAAGCGUGGAGGGCCUGGCCCAGGGAGGGGAAUUUGGCGGUCUUCCCCUACAGCUCCCUGCCUUCUGAGUCCCGGGCCAGCUGGGCUGCAGCCAGCGGCUUCCUCCUAGGGGGAGUAAGCGGGGGCAGAUCCCGAGACUGGACAGCGCGGGGGCUCCGAUCCUGGCGCUCGGGCCGGCUGGCUGGAAGCACCCGGUGAGGCUGGAGGAGUUUGGGAGGUUGGGGCGCUUCACUCCUGCCUCCUACCCGGUGUCUCGCGGCCCCCUCCUCGCCUAUGAGUAGAGCUCCCCAUGGCUCUGAGCAAAGGACUGCGGCUGCUGCGGAGGCUGGAGCCCCCGGGGGAGAGCAGCACCCUGCUGGAGGCCCGCAGCCGCCCCGACUGUCUACUCUUCGAGGCCGGCACGGUGGCCACGCUCACUCCAGAAGAAAAGGAGGUAAUUAAAGGACAGUAUGGGAAACUCAUAGAUGCUUACGGCUGCCUGGGCGAGCUCAGGUUAAUAUCUGGUGGCAAACAACUGAGCUUCCUGGUCUUGGUGACAGGCUGUACAUCCGUGGGAAGAAUUCUUGAUGCUGAGAUCUAUAAAAUCACUGCAAUAGAUUUCUGUCCACUCCAGGAAGAUGUCAAGGAAGAAGACCGUCUCACUGCACUGAAAAAAAUUCUUAACUCUGGGAUGUUCUAUUUCUCCUGGCCAAACGCUGGCUCCAACUUUGACCUGACUGUCCGAGCCCAAAAGCAGGGUGAUGACAAUUAUGAGUUGGGAAAUUCCUUCUUCUGGAACCAGCUCUUGCAUGUUCCCUUGAAGCACUUCCAAGUGAACUGCUCUGACUGGCUGCUGAAGGUGAUCUGUGGAGUGGUGGCCAUCCGCACCGUCUAUGCCUCACAUAAACAGGCCAAAGCUUGCCUCAUCUCCCGGAUCAGCUGUGAACGAGCUGGUGCCCGGUUUCACAUCAGGGGGGUGAAUGAUGAUGGACAUGUGUCCAACUUUGUCGAGACAGAGCAGACGAUUUACAUGGAUGAUGGUGUGUCGUCUUUUGUCCAGAUCAGAGGCUCAGUUCCACUGUUUUGGGAGCAGCCAGGGCUUCAGGUUGGCUCUCAUCAUCUGAAACUUAACCGAGGUCUAGAAGCAAAUGCCCCUGCUUUUGACAGGCAUAUGAUGCUUCUGAAAGAGCAGUAUGGAAAACAAGUGAUCGUUAACCUGUUGGGAAGCAGAGGAGGAGAGGAGGUGCUGAACAGAGCCUUCAAGAAGUUGCUUUGGGCCUCUUUCCAUGUUGGAGACACACCUAUGAUAAAUUUUGACUUCCAUCAAUUUGCCAAAGGAGGGAAGAUAGAAAAAUUAGAGAAUCUGCUGAGGCCCCAGCUAAAGUUGCACUGGGAUGAAUUUGAUGUUUUCACCAAGGGCGAGAAUGUGAGUCCACGUUUCCAAAAAGGUACCUUGCGAAUGAACUGUCUGGACUGCUUGGAUCGGACAAACACCGUACAGUGCUUUAUAGGCCUUGAGGUUCUUCACUUACAACUGGAGAGCCUGGGACUGAAUUCAAAGCCAGUCACUGAACGCUUUGUGGAGUCAUACAAAGCCAUGUGGUCUCUUAACGGGCACAACCUGAGCAAAGUCUUUACAGGCAGCCGGGUGCUGGAAGGAAAGGCCAAGGUCGGGAAACUCAAGGAUGGGGCCCGGUCUGUGUCUAGAACCAUCCAGUCCAAUUUCUUUGAUGGAGUGAAGCAAGAAGCCAUCAGACUGCUACUGGUUGGUGACGUCUACAAGGACGAGUAUGCCGACAAAGGGAGGAUGCUUAUGGACAGCACCGCGCUCUUAGUGACUCCAAGGAUCUUGAAAGCCAUGUCAGAGCGUCAGUUGGAAUUCACCAAUUUCAAACGGAUUCGGAUUGCCAUGGGAACCUGGAACGUAAAUGGAGGAAAACAAUUCAGAACCAACCUUCUCGGCACUGGAGAAUUAACUGACUGGCUGCUGGAUUCUCCCAAGCUUUCAGGGGCUACUGAAUUUCAAGAUGACAGCAGCCCAGCUGACAUAUUUGCAGUGGGAUUUGAAGAGAUGGUGGAAUUGAGUGCAGGAAAUAUUGUCAAUGCUAGUACUACCAAUAGAAAAAUGUGGGGAGAGCAGCUUCAGAAGGAUUCAAGGUCUCAUAGAUACAUUCUGUUGACUUCUGCCCAGCUUGUAGGCGUCUGCCUUUAUAUCUUUGUACGCCCUUACCAUGUUCCAUUUAUCAGGGAUGUAGCAAUUGACACGGUGAAGACCGGCAUGGGAGGAAAAGCUGGGAACAAAGGCGCUGUUGGCAUCCGAUUCCAGUUCCACAGCACUAGCUUCUGUUUUAUUUGUAGUCAUUUGACUGCUGGACAGUCACAGGUGAAAGAGAGGAAUGAAGACUAUAAGGAGAUUACACAGAAGCUCAGUUUCCCCAUGGGAAGAAGUGUCUUUUCUCAUGACUAUGUAUUCUGGUGUGGGGAUUUCAAUUACCGAAUUGAUCUUACUUAUGAAGAAGUCUUCUAUUUUGUUAAGCGACAAGACUGGAAGAAACUUCUAGAAUUUGAUCAACUACAACUACAGAAAUCCAGUGGAAAAAUUUUUAAGGAUUUCCAUGAAGGUGCCAUUAAUUUUGGACCCACAUACAAAUAUGAUGUUGGCUCAGAAGCUUAUGAUACAAGUGAUAAGUGUCGAACCCCAGCCUGGACUGACAGGAUACUAUGGUGGAGGAAGAAACAUCCUCUUGACAAAACAGCGGGAGAGCUCAACCUUCUAGACAACGAUUUAAACGUUGACACCAAAAUCAAGCACACCUGGUCUCCUGGUGCUCUUAUGUACUACGGCCGAGCAGAACUUCAGGCUUCUGAUCACAGGCCUGUGUUGGCAGUUGUAGAAGUGGAGGUCCAGGAAGUGGAUGUAGAUGCCCGGGAGAAAGUCUUCCAGGAAGUGUCGUCUUUCCAAGGACCCUUAGAUGCUACAGUGGUGGUAAACCUACAGUCACCAACCCUAGAAGAAAAAAAUGAGUUCCCUGAGGAUCUGCGGACUGAGCUUAUGCAAACCUUAGGGAAUUAUGGGACCAUAAUUCUUGUCAGGAUCAAUCGAGGGCAAAUGUUGGUGACUUUUGCAGAUAGCCGGUCAGCCCUUAAUGUCUUGGAUGUAGAUGGUAUGAAGGUUAAAGGCAGAGCAGUGAAGAUCAGACCGAAAACAAAGGAUUGGCUAAAAGGUCUUCAAGAAGAAAUCGUACGAAAACGGGAUAGCAUUGUAUCCAUGUCCCCCACUGCCAAUUCCUGUCUGUUAGAAGAAAACUUUGACUUCUCCAGUUUGGACUAUGAAUCAGAAGGAGACAUUCUUGAUGAGGACGAGGACUAUUUGAUUGAUGAACAACACCCCACCUUCCUCACUGACACAGAACUGUCGGCGGGUGACGAUUUGGAAGCCCCAGGCUCUGCCCCGGCAGGCGCACCUCCCAGCAAGUCUCCAGCACUGACUAAAAAGAAAUCUUGCCCGUACAAAGAUGAUGCCGACCUGGCAGAGUUAAAGCAGGAGCUGGAAGCUGUUGGGGACUUCCGCCAUCGUUCUCCAAGCAGGUCUCUGUCUGUUCCUAACAGGCCUCGGCCACCUCACCCACCACAGAGACCCCCCCCUCCAACUGGUUUAAUGGUGAAAAAGUCUGCUUCCGAUGCAUCUAUUUCCUGUGGCACUCAUGGGCAAUAUUCCAUCUUACAGACAGCUAAGCUUCUUCCAGGAGCUCCUCAGCAGCCACCUAAAGCCAGGACUGGGAUAAGUAAACCAUAUAAUGUCAAACAGAUCAAAACCACCAAUGCUCAGGAAGCCGAGGAAGCCAUUCGGUGCCUCAUGGAAGCAAAAGGAGGAGCACAAGAAGAGGCACUGAAUGGAGUUUUCUUAAGGAACCAAGUGUCCACCAAACCAGAGCCCUUAUCUAAUGUAUCCAAGCCAGAGUCUUCUCAGACAACUCAGCUCCUCCCCCACCGACCCGCACCCAGAGUUCCGGUGAUUAAGAAGCCAGCUCUUCGAAGGACAGGAAAAUCUUUAUCCCCAGAAGAACAGUUUGAGCAACAAGUCAUCCAGUUUACAAUUGGGUCCCCAGAGCCUAGCAUUGAAAGCACCACUCUAGUGGCGCCCCCCCGAGUUGCUCCUGUCCCCAAACCAAGAACAUUGCAGCCUGGGAGAGCUGUCGAGAGAAGACUGAGCGGGGAAGUGCCUGCCGAAGGAGAUGCCCUGGUGCCCCCACCUUUGGAAACUGCUUCCCUUGUUCCCAAGGCUCCCCCCAGGAGAAAGAAGUCGGCCCCAGCAGCUUUUCACCUGCAGGUUCUGCAGGGUAACAAUUUGCUCCUCCAGGAUGUGACUUGCUGUAGCGGGAACAACCACCACCAUUACUCUCACUCCCAGGCCGGCGACCAGCCUGACUCGAGCCCGCUUGCUUCACAAGCAGACCUUCUCAGCACUUCACCUGGGCCCAGCCUACUUGCCGACAAUACAAAGGCAGUGAAGACAGAGGCAGCCACCCUUCUCGGUGAGCAUCAGGACCCCUUCCUGAGCCUCCUCCACCACCCAAAGAUAUUGAACACUGGCUGGCUUACUAAGAGUGCUGAGCCUUUGGGUGCAGUCACCCCAAAUCUGGAAAGGGAAUCCCCCAGCCCAGCACAAGUGAGUGUUCCGGCUGCUAAGGUGGGACCUUCGCCAGCCCACGGACACAAAGACUUUGGACACUGGGUCAUAUUCAGUGAUGAGGAAGACAAGAGGACAGCAUUGCAGCUGUUUGAUCCACUGGCAGAAACAUGACAGAAAGACCUUUACAGAUACUCACUGCCUUGUAAAGUUGUGUGUCCCUUCCCCCCUCAACAUAUCAUUCAUUGUAAAUCCCAUCAAUAAGAAACUCCCUCUAUGUCAAAUGGGGACUUCUUCCUCUUCUGUUUAAACAGUACAUUGGAGAAAAUGUAAGUGUUUAUUUGGUCUUAUACAGUUUUC